ACACCGAGGGGGCGGAGCCCAGCAAAGGCUCAGGUUCGCUCUGCGGUGGGCGGCAGGAAAAGGCGUUAGCCGCGGCGCGGGCCGGACUGACAGGGGAGGGGGCUCUGGUGCAAGGACACGUUUAGAGCCCGACCUUCAACGGCCAGCUGCCGUUUCCCUGGCCCCGGGGGCAGGCGCGGGAGCUCGCGCAGCACAGCGCGGCCGGGGCGGGCUGUAACGCUCUCUGUCCACCCGCCGCUUUCACCGCCCUGCAGUCCGCUAAGGGAGCUGAGCGGCCUGACACCGCCCACGUCCCCUGCAGUCCCGCGGCGGCCCGCCAGGGGGCGCUGCUCCAGGCGUUCGGCGCCCUGCGCUUGGGUCGCGCAGCCCUCACGUUCCCCCACCCUCACUGCCGCCGCCGAGGAAGCGCCCGUGCCGCCGCCGCCGCCGCCCCCCGGGGACUGCGGCCAUGGCCACGAAGAAGGCGGGCUCGCGGCUGGAGACGGAGAUCGAGCGGUGCCGCUCCGAGUGCCAAUGGGAGCGGAUCCCCGAGCUCGUCAAGCAGCUCUCGGCCAAGCUCAUCGCCAACGAUGACAUGGCAGAACUUCUCCUUGGGGAGUCAAAACUAGAACAGUUUUUGAAGGAAAAUCCUUUUAAACAGGGCACUAGUCCCCGGGGUCCCCGGCCAAAGCUGACCGAGGUCAGGAAACAUCUCACUGCAGCACUUGACAGAGGAAACCUAAAGCCAGAAUUUUUACAAGAAGCCAACUUAAUUAUGGCCAAGUUAAACUAUGUGGAAGGUGAUUACAAAGAAGCUCUUAACACUUACGCUAGGGUUGAAGUUGAUGACUUGCAGCUUGUUGCUGUGCCUCCUUAUAGGCUGAGGAUGAUUGCUGAAGCAUAUUCUACCAAAGGUCUUUGUCUAGAGAAGUUGCCAAUUUCCUCUUCAACUAGUAACCUCCACACGGACCGUGAACAAGAAAUCAUUACGUGCUACGAGAAGGCUGGAGAUAUUGCCCUCCUGUACCUUCAGGAAAUAGAAAGGGUACUAAUUACCAAUAUACAAAACAGAAGCCCUAAACCAGGGUCUGCAGUACAUGAACAGGAACUGGGAUUUUUCCUAGAAACAGGACUCCAAAGAGCACAUGUCUUGUAUUUCAAAAAUGGGAACUUGACAAGAGGAGUUGGUAGAUUUAGAGAGAUUCUAAGAGCUGUUGAAACAAGAACUACACAAAAUCUACGAAUGACAAUAGCCAGGCAGUUAGCGGAAAUUUUGUUACGAGGUAUGUCUGAACAGAGUUACUGGAAUCCACUGGAAGACCCUCCUCACCAGUCACCUCUUGAUGAUCCACUCCGGAAAGGCUCAAAUACUAAAAAUUAUGCACUUAGCAGAAGACCCCGGGUGUACACUGGAGAAAACAUUUUUUGUCCUCAAGAAAAUACAGAAGAAGCUCUAUUGUUGUUGCUGAUUAGUGAAUCUAUGGCUAACCGUGAUGCUGUACUGAGCAGAAUACCAGAGCACAAAAAUGAUCGCAUCAUCAGUUUGCAAAGUGCAUCUGUGGUCUAUGAUUUGCUUACAAUUGCCUUAGGGAGAAGAGGUCAAUAUGAAAUGCUAUCAGAGUGUUUAGAAAGAGCGAUGAAGUUUGCAUUUGAAGAGUUCCAUCUUUGGUAUCAGUUUGCAUUGUCCCUAAUGGCAGCAGGAAAAUCUGCUCGAGCUGUGAAAGUCUUGAAGGAGUGUAUACGUUUGAAACCAGAUGAUGCUACUAUUCCACUCCUUGCCGCAAAGUUAUGCAUGGGAUCUCUUCACUGGUUGGAAGAAGCGGAAAGAUUUGCCAAAACGGUUGUUGAUGUUGGUGAGAAAACAUCGGAGUUCAAAGCAAAAGGCUUUUUAGCACUGGGACUAACUUACAGCCUGCAAGCCACUGAUGCAUCUUUGCGAGGGAUGCAAGAGGUCCUGCAGAGAAAGGCUCUUCUUGCAUUUCAGAGGGCCCACAGUUUGUCUCCAACAGAUCAUCUCGCAGCAUUUUACCUGGCACUGCAGCUUGCCAUAUCUAGACAGAUACCAGAAGCUUUGGGUUAUGUUCGUCAGGCUCUUCAACUUCAAGGAGAUGAUGCCAACUCUUUGCAUCUCCUUGCACUCUUGCUGUCAGCCCAGAAACAUUAUCAUGAUGCUUUGAAUAUAAUUGACAUGGCCUUGAGUGAAUAUCCAGAGAACUUUAUAUUACUGUUUUCAAAAGUCAAACUGGAAUCCCUGUGCAGAGGCCCAGAUGAGGCACUCCUUACCUGCAAACAUAUGCUACAGAUUUGGAAGUCCUGUUACAAUCUCACUAACCCCAGUGAUUCGGGACGUGGGAGCAGUCUGUUAGACAGAGCCAUUGCUGACAGACGACAGCUCAAUACGAUUACCUUACCUGACUUCAGUGACCCUGAAACAGGUUCAGUCCAUGCAACAUCAAUAGCAGCCUCCAGAGUGGAGCAGGCACUGUCUGAGGUUGCUUCAUCUUUGCAGAGCAGUGCUCCUAAGCAAGGUCCUCUGCAUCCUUGGAUGACUCUGGCUCAAAUUUGGCUUCAUGCAGCUGAAGUCUAUAUAGGAAUUGGGAAGCCUGCUGAAGCCACAGCAUGUAUUCAGGAAGCAGCUAACCUCUUUCCAAUGUCACAUAACGUCCUCUACAUGAGAGGUCAAGUGGCUGAACUUCGAGGAAAUACUGAUGAAGCCAAACGCUGGUAUGAAGAGGCCUUAUCGAUCAGUCCUACCCAUGUAAAAAGUAUGCAGAGACUGGCUCUGAUACUUCACCAAUUAGGACGCUAUAGUUUGGCUGAGAAGAUUCUCAGAGAUGCUGUCCAGGUGAAUUCUACAGCCCAUGAGGUUUGGAACGGUCUUGGGGAGGUUCUACAAGCUCAGGGCAAUGACGAUGCAGCAACAGAGUGCUUCCUGACAGCAUUAGAGCUUGAAGCCAGCAGCCCAAUUGUCCCUUUUACCAUCAUUCCACGAAUUCUGUGAGAUAAUAUCUUGAUUACAGAGUUCAUCAUGUUUCAAGUUUUGGAUUUGAGAGUGAGGAAACACAACAUACAGGUCUCUUUGAUAACGCAGCUUGGUUUCAGAGGUAACAGAAAACCCCACAAAAUUUGUUAGCUAUUGUGGGGAACCUGACAAAGCAUUGAAGUGAUACGAUAUUUUAAUGUUAGUGAGGAAAAAAUGACUAACCAAAAACAAAUCACCUCUCAUAGAUGCCUACAUUUUUUUCCCAUGGUAGUUAUGAAACCUGAUUAUAUUGUUCUUAUAGAUAAUGUGCCAUAUUUCAUUAGGUGACAUCUGAGUGUUAUGUAAAAAUUAUAAUGGAAUCCACCACCAAAUGUAGAAUAAUAUAUUUGAAUUAAAAUUCAGUGGCAGAGCAGACUAUUUUUAACAAGUGUGUCGUGAAAACUGUUCUCUCUCCUCCUCCGUCUCAACCCCUCUUGGCCUAAAGUCAAACUGUGAAUUUUCUGUUUUCCAUCUCUAUACUAGUCCAGGCCAGAAAAUCAGUUGAAGAAUUCUUGGUUUUGGUUGUUAAAAACUGUGGUGUGUGUGGCUACUUGUUAUCUUUACUUAGAACAAAGGCUGUGUACAAGAAUAUUUAUAUUUUACCAAUGUAUGCCUGCUACAAAAAAAGAAAGUAUUCGUUAUUUAAGUGUAACUUUUUUAUGUGAAUUCAGAGUUUAUUUAUCGAUGGAAAUAUGUAAAAAGACACUUCAAAUGGAAUAUUUACCGACAUUCCUUAUACAUUACUCACACUUGGAAGAUUAUGUUAAUAAUAAAAAGAUUUUUAAAUGGCCCCUGUGGCUGUCCUCUGUUUGAAAGUGCAAUGAAAGGAAGUGGAAAUGGUAACUUGGUGAGUGCAGCUCAUUGAUGUUGGGCCUGUGAGAGACCAUCUGGCUUUGAGAAGAUCACCUUUAGCACUACUUAUGUGCAGUGAGGUCAAGAGAAAAAGGGGCACAUCGGAUAUCUUUGCCUAGUCUUCUAGUCUUGUAAAAUAUCCCGUCCGCCCCCGUUUUUUUUCCCCCAGAGGAUAGAAAAAUCUUCACUCCAACCCAUGGUAAAUGCUCACAUGGAGUUAAUUUGGACCAAUAUAAAAAAUUUAAAAUCAACCCAAUUAUACAAGACACUUUUGAAAACGAAGUGUUAGGAAUCAGAGAGCUCAUUGGUCUGUCUGCCAUACCAUAUCUGACUGUCUUCAUGCCUUAACAGAAAUAUUCAUUAAAUAAUACUUUGCUGCAUUGAUUGAUAUGUUAGAAAGGUAUAUAAAUUGAUAUCUGCCAUGAUUACUUGGAUUUGUCUCUUUUUGGAGAACCUUAGACUUCAUAAUCCUGCCAUAUUUCACACAUUCUCAGCCCUAUUCUGAAGUUUCCUUUACCUGUACCCCUACAGUAUUUGGAAAGAAUAUCUUAAAUGUUUCUCCACAGCUUUCACCAUCCUUUGCACCUAUCUCACAAAGAUCUCACACUCACUGUCUUGUGGCAUGUUACUAGCAUGGCAGUGGCAGCAAUUGUGCCAGGUUGUCAGUGGACAGAAGUGUUUGCCAGAGCUUCUCGGGGAGGAAGUGGAUAAGAAUCAUCUACAGUUGCUGCACAGAAAAGAGCCAGUCCCUAACAGACUCGUCCGCCUCUUCAUCCUAAUAUGGGGCAGGUGUUGAAUCUGGGAAAUUUUCCAGAUUCCUCAUGAAGCGAGGUGAGCGAUGGUGCUUGCACAAAGCAUUGCUUCCUUCAGUCUGUCACUCACCCACAAGAAGUGAUUUUAAAGUGUUCAGCAUAUGCAUAAGAUAGUGGAUGACUCUGGCAAAUACUUUCUCUAGAGCAGACAGAGGACCUUUACUGACACUUCUGUUUCUUCCAUAUACAUUCUAGCGUUUUCAAACAGUAGGAGACCCAAGCUAGCCCCAUGUUCAGUGAUGCACUGAUUUGUUUUUCUUUCUAUUUCAUGUGGCUGAUAAGAUUGAGGCAGCUUUCAAAUUUUACCUGUUAGCUUAAUCCUUAGAACACACAUCCUCUGUAAAGUGCACUGUUACACUGUGUAGCUCCCAAUUCAUAAACCCAGUCAGCCCAGAAACAUCACAUUACUCCUUCCCUCUUCCAGCCCCCCCUUCCCCCGUUUGCUUUCGUCUCUUGACAAGACAUGGUCCUGUUUUCUCUUCCUUGACAGCGGGCCUAGGCAAUGUCUUAGUCAUCCCUCCAUGGCAUCUGCUCGCUGCUGAACCCUCCGAGUAGCUACAGCUCACAGUGUGCACUGUCUGUGACUCCUUUCAGCCCCUAAAACAUGCUUGAUCCCAACAGCCAUGACUCCAUGCCUAAUAACUAAAAAGGAAAUGGAAAAAUUAAGACUUGUGUGUGAUUUUUGUCCAUGGUAAGCCUUGGUUUUGCCAGUUUCUUAAAAUACCCAUCAUCUGCUCUGCCUUCACACAGACAUUCCUACCCACGGUUCUUCAGCUCUCCACCCCUUCACUAUUGCAGGAAGGCUCUUCUGACAAGGCAGAGUGAGUUUACAUCAAGCUCUGAGACAUCAGGCUUAAUCUUCUCCCAUAGGGAGCACCACACCUCACUUGAGAAUGUCCUGCUUAUUCUAAGGCAUAAACAUGCACAAAAAGUCUGCUAAAGUAUGGGGGGGAUCCUUUUAAUUCCAGAAUUGUUGCUUGAUCCCUUUCACUUAAUUCAAAGUUCUAGCCUCUUUUGAUAAACUCCCCCAAUGGUAAUGAUAGCAGUGUAAUGUUAGGUCACUCUUCUCUGCUCCGUUAGCGGAUAGCCUGUCACACCUAUUGUACACUUCAGUACUCCUGAAUUCUGGGGAAUUCUGGGCCUAAACUUCUGUGCACACUAAUUGCUGGGAGUGAACCUGGAGGGGUGUUAGGUGUGAAUUAUGGAACAGUUUUUUGGGGGAUGGGAGGGACUGUUCAGGAGUUGGGCAGCCUUCCCCCAGUCAGAUCCUGGAUGAUCCCUAGCCUCUCCCAAUCAGUCAGGCACAUCUGUCCCUGUCCCCAUGUAUCUCUGCACCCUCCACCACAUCCCCAUGUGUCCCUGCACCCUCACUCCCAGUCAGCCCCCACUCCAGUCUGUACCCCAGUCUGUCACCCACACAGAAGUCCCAUGUGCUCCACUCUCUCUGUCCCCCCACCCAUCUCGUGUGCCUCUUCACCUGGCCCAGCAGUGAGAGGAAUGCGGCCUCUCUUCCUCCCUAUCAGCUGCUGACUGAUACAGCCAGUGAGCGGUGAGCCAUCUGCCUCUGUUCUGGUGACACAGCAGCCCCUGGUGGGCAAAGGGUAUAACUGCAGCACCUCUCCCAUAGAAUGUAUUUUCUGUGGAGAAAAAAAAAUCUGCAGGGCACAUGACUUGCACAGUGGUGCAGAAUUGUCCCAGGAGUAACUUCAGGUACAGCAGAGUGUGUAACAGGGUUUCAUGUUCUUUUCUUGGAAUCAGUUUCAUUAUUUUUUUCCACAAGACUUUACCUCCUACAAAUUGCCUGGUCAAAACAAAAAAAAACUCAACUACAUGCUUUUAAAAAUGAAGUAUCUAUGCAAGGUCAAAUUUAGGAGUUUUCAGACUGAAGCAGGAGGCCCCCCCAUAGCACAUUAAUUAAAUGGCAGAAUUUGUUUAAACAUCACUUAAUUUACCUUCUUAAAGUUACCAGUUUUAGUAGCUGCAUGCAGUCUUUAUUAAAUCAAGAUUCUGCAUAAGGAAGGCCAAGAACAUGUAUUUUAUGCCUGGGCUGUAUUCUUGUCAGCUGAUCUAUACACCUUUUGCCAUCUGUCUUAUAUCUCAGUAGUUAUUAGAAAAAGGUAUAUGCACCCAGUGUAAGUAACACGUCCUAGUGAAAGAUAUCGUGGUCUGCUCUCUUUGAAAAAGGCUGAGUGACGUACUGAGACCCCAGCCUCUAGUAGCACCUGGACUCUGAGACCUUAGUGUUGUAAAAUAUUCAAAACAGAAUUUUUAUUUUAUUCUGUAGCUUGGCCCACAUGAAAUGUGGAGCACCUCUUCGUAAACUGCUAUAAAAGUCUUCUGAUCUUCAGCCAGGAAAGAAAAUUGCAUCCCUUUUACAAUGUGUAUUUCUUUCACCUCAGACUGUGGUCCAGCAGAAUUCAAUUAGGACAAAAAACUGAUUGCAGAUUUUCUUUUUCAGCCAGAGCUUUUCUUUGUCCUUCUCAAAACUAACUGCAUCUGGUGCUACUAAGCAUAUGCAAAACCAGUGGUAGUUACAGCCACUGUGCAUAAAAUGACUGAACCUGCAGGGCUUCAAUAGACAACAUUGCCAUUUAAGUCAAUGAGGCAAAUACAUCACUCUAACUAGUGAAGUAAUAGGACUUACACAAGGAAUUAAUUCAGCCCAAAUGUGUCUUGCCUGGAUGAGGACAGCAGGAUUCAGAGAGAGGCAGAACCAACCCAAUUGUAUCUUCCAUAUUGUUCAGCAUCUGGAUAUUAUACAAUCUGAAUAUCAGACAUUUAUGCAAAAAUAUGUUAUUUUGGAAACAUUUUUUCUGAAGGUUCUGUUCUACUCUGUAAAGUGACAGUAUUAAACUGACAAGGUGGGUGAAGUAAAGUUAAAAUGGCAUCUUGGAAUUCUAGAUUUAUUUUGUCUAAUUGCCUAUGAAAAUUUGCUCAGUUUUCAGUUAAAAUGACACUUUUCCCUGACCAGCAACCCUCAUACUCAACCUGGGCUAUUACCUUCUCUCUCAUCACCAUCAGUAAUAAAGGUCAUGUAGGCCAAAUUAUGUCUUCAGUAUCACCUGUGAAACCCCACUGCAUCCAAAUUAUGUUCUGUUAGCACUGCCCCAGUUAACUGAAGGCUUAGAGUAUUAUAUAUAUUAUUAUAUAUAUAGUAUUGUCAGUGGCAUUUAGGAGCCACAUAUAUACAUAAUUCACCUUACACAAUCUUUAUUAGUGGUGAGGUCGGAGAAGAAAAAUAGCCAACUUUACUCUGCACCCAAUUUGAGUUUUCAGGGCGAGAUGGGUAAAAAAAAAUAUUUGUAUUUGUAAAUUUGCCAAUUUGUCAAAAUCUUGGAAAUCUUUUCUGAAACCUGCCUGGUUUCUAGGGCUUUCAGGCUCUCUGUUAGCUGGAAAUCCUGACUCCCAGACAUGCAGCUCCUUGACAACCUUGCUUUCAGGGUCCCUGGCUCUAGGGCAGCCCACCAGGCUGGCUGCCUCUGAGUUGGGGCUCCCAGGGUUUCUCGCAUCCCCCGCUCACAUUCCAUUGCAUGAUGAACCUCAAAGUUUUGUUCAAAUCUGAAU